CGAGGAGUUUGAAACUGCUGGCUCAGCAUGUGGUGCGGCGGCGCAGCCGCAAUGGUGGCCUUUUGCGCCGGACUUUGGGUCUCUAACCCGGGGCGGGCGCAGGGCCAGGAGGCCGGGGGAAUCCCGGGCGCCGACUGUGAAGUAUGUCAAGAAUUCUUGAGUCGAUUCUACAACUCCUUGAUAGCCAGAGGAGUCAAAUUUUCCCUGGACACCAUAGAAAAGGAAUUAAUCAACUUUUGCUUGGAUGUCAAAGGAAAAGAAAACCGCCUGUGCUACUACCUAGGAGCAACAAAAGAUGCCGCUACUAAGAUCCUAAGUGAGGUCACUCGCCCGAUGAGUGUGCACAUGCCUGCAGCGAAGAUUUGUGAGAAGCUGAAGAAGAUGGACAGUCAGAUCUGUGAGCUGAAAUAUGAAAAGAAACUGGACUUGGCAUCAGUGGACCUGUCCAAGUUAAGAGUAGCAGAGCUGAAGCAGAUACUGCAUGGCUGGGGAGAAGAGUGCCGGGCCUGUGCAGAAAAAACCGACUACGUGAAUCUCAUCAAAGAACUGGCACCCAAGUAUUCAGCGACGCACCCCCAAACAGAGCUCUGACUCCUGGAAGCCAGCACACCAUUGGCUGUAAUUAGAGACAAAAUGCCUCUCUAGGAUAUGGAUGCAUUGGUUGAGAGGAACCAGGAAUUUCAAUAUAUGUGGUCUCAGACUUCUUGUUUGGAUAUGACACUUCAGAAUUGGUUACCUGAGUUUAUAAGUAGAACUGUUAGUAUUAGUGGUUUCUUAAAUCUGCAGUGUACCAAAACCUGCAAGUGCCUUUCUCAUAAUUUUCUUAUAUGUCAAUUACCAUUGCCUAUGUCCUUAAACUGGGAAAAGUGAACCACUGAAAAAUCAGUGGAGUAAAUUGAUUCUAAGUAGGAAGAGAGUACUCAGAAGCUCUCUGUAUGCUGCUGCUGCUGCUGCUAAGUCGCUUCAGUCGUGUCCGACUCUGUGCGACCCUAUAGAUGGCAGUCGACUAGGCCUGUCUGUCCCUGGGAUUCUCCAGGCAAGAACACUGGAGUGGGUUGCCAUUUCCUUCUCCAGUGUACGAAAGUGAAAGGUGAAAGUGAAGUCGCUCAGUCGUGUCUGACUCUUGGCGACCCCAUGGACUAUACAGUCCUGAAAUUUUCCAGGUCCCCGCCUUUAUUUUAGUAUUCCACAUAUAAGCAAUAUUAUAUAACAUUUAUAUAUUGCUUAUAUGUGGAUUAUAAAAAAAGGGGCACAAAUGAAUUUAUCUACAAAACAGAGUCACAGAUGUAGAAAACAGUCUUAUGGUUACUAAGGGUAGGGGGAUGAAGAACGGAUAAAUUGGGAGAUUAGGAUUGAUACACACUCCUAUAUAUAAAAUAGAUAACUAAGAAGAAUAUGCUGUGUAGCACAGGAAACUCUACUCAAUUACUCUAUAAUGGGCUAUAUGAGAAAAGAAUUUUUAAAAAAGUGUAUGUAUGUAUGUGUAUAACUAAUUCACUUUGCUGUAAUACCUGAAACUAACACAACAUUGCAAAGCAACUAUA